AUGAUCGGUGUAUCGCAGGAUGCAGUUGCAAUUUUCUAUGUUAAUGUCGAUGGAAGUGAUGUAAAUUUCGAUGGGACUGAGAUGUUCUUGUUUCAGAUACUCCAAUUUUACGAGCCCGAGAAGGUCAUGGGGAACAGAGGUCAAGCCUCUGCUUGCCCGCCGCGAGCCCUCGUCGCACAGGGCUCGCUGCACACCAUCACCUUCGACGACGUCCAACAACACCUGUCUGAGUUGGGGAAGCCGCUGAAUUCCAUGAACUUGGAUGAACUGUUGAAUUCGGUCAUGGCAGUGGAGCAGCAGAUCCAAGCUCCCCACAAGACCGUCGACGAGGUGUGGCGCGAGAUCAUGCGGCACGAAGAGCAAGGGAACACGGAGGGCGCCGAGACGUUCGGGGAGACGACGCUGGAGGAUUUCCUGGUCCGGGCCGGCGCCAUCAACGUCGGCGCUCCCAACUGCGGUGGUGGGAUCGACGGGGACUCCCCGCCUCUGCUGCCGAUGGACCCGGUGGUGCAGCAGCAGCAGGAGGAGUGGCUCCGGUACCAGUUGACCACCGCUCAACACCAGCAGCAGAGCCAACCCAUGUCGCUGUUGGAGACAGGCCUGCCGUUGUUCGCCAACGCGGUCAUGAAUGCAGGGCUGUGCGACCACCAGCUCGUCGUCAAGCCUGCCUCAUCGGACUCCAAAAUGACCAGCGAGCGGCAGAGAAGCGACGAGAAGACGCUCGAUAAGAUCACGGAGAGGAGGCAGAAGAGGAUGAUAAAGAAUCGAGAGUCGGCAGCUCGAUCGCGUGCACGAAAGCAGGCUUAUAUAAAGCAAUUGGAAGAGGAGGUGAUGCAAUUGACCAACACCAACAAGCGGCUCAAGAAACAGAAGGAAGAAGAGAUGGCGUUGCGGGUCACUCCGCCAUCAGAGCCGAGAUACCAAUUACGGCGUACGAGCUCUGCAAAAUUUUGA